AUUGUGUCCUUUCCUCGGCUGCUCAGGCUCCUCAAGAAGCAGUUCUUCCACCGAGCGCUCAAAGUGAUGAAGAAGAAGUCUGAGAAAGACGCCAAGAAGGACAAGAAGUCCAAGGGUGACAGUGGCAAGGAGGAAGACAAAAAGGGGAAGAAGGACAAAGACAAGAAGAAGGAGGUGACGGAUGCUGGUGAAGCCAAGAAGGACAAGAGUGACGACAGUCCCAAGAAGAAGAAGGAGGUGAAGAAGAAGUUCAAACUGGAGCUGCACGAGGAGCAGCUCUUCCUGGACGGAAACGAGGUCUAUGUGUGGAUUUACGACCCCGUCCACUUCAAAACCUUCGCCAUGGGGCUGGUCCUGGUGAUUGCCGUGAUCGCCGCCACGCUCUUCCCGCUGUGGCCUGCAGAGAUGCGCGUGGGCGUCUACUACUUGAGCGUGGCAGCCGGCUGCUUCGUGGCCAGCAUUCUGCUCCUCGCCAUCGGUAAGAACGCUCGCCUCGCUCUCAUUUUCCAGCCGCCGCCAGUCUAGAAAAAGAAGGAAA